AAGGGGAAAAGAUAUGGAAAAAAGCAAGUUUUUAAUAUGUCUAGUUCUAAUACUUUUGUUGUCAUAUGCAAAUGCAACCUUGCCAGGGCCUAAAGCUAAGAAGCACUUUGUGCUAGUUCAUAAGGGAUGCCAUGGAGCCUGGUCCUGGUACAAGAUUGUGGCAUUGAUGAGAUCUUCAGGGCAUAAUGUCACAGCUCUGGACUUGGGUGCUUCAGGAAUUAACCCGAAACAGACCUUUGAAGUCCCACAUUUUUCUGAUUUCUUGAGUCCACUAAUGGAGUUCAUGGCUUCUCUUCCUGCACAUGAAAAAGUGGUUCUUGUAGGCCAUGAAAUUGGUGGCUUAGCCAUUUCUAAAGCCAUGGAGACCUUUCCAAAAAAGAUUUCAGUUGCUGUAUUUGUCACUGGUCUGAUGCCUGGUCCAAAUAUCAAUGUAACCACCGUCUACAAUGAGGUACCAAAUUCAGUAUCUCAAUCUGAUAAUCGUGUUAUAUACGAUAAUGGGCCGACGAAUCCUCCAACCACCUUCAUCCUAGGUCCAAAGUACAUUAAAACUAACCUUUACCAGCGGAGCCCAAUUCAGGAUUUGGCAUUGGCCUAUACACUAGUAAGGCCAAUACACUUUUACAGUGUGGAAGAUGUUUCUAAGGAGAUAGUUAUUACAAACAAAAGGUAUGGAUCAGUUAGGCGAGCAUUCAUUGUUGCCGUUGAAGAUAAACUUCUGAAGAAGGAAUUUCAACGGUUGAUGAUUGAAAAGAAUCCACCAGAUGAAGUGGAAGAGAUCCAGGGUUCUGACACAAUGAUCAUGAUGUCUAAGCCCCAACAACUAUUUACUGCUCUUCUGAGCAUUGCCAAUAAGUACGCCUAA